AUGUCUGAUGAUGAGAUAGCAGAAACAAAUGCUCUUACACGAAGAGCAGCCCGUGCAGAUAAUAAUGAGUGUCGCCAUGUACUGACAUACAAAGACAAUAAGGAGGCCAUUGAUCUUGUAAUGCUCAGAAACUGUGCCAACACUCUCCAAAAAACAGCAAUUUCAGAUGGAGAGUCUGCCAAUGAAAUGGACAAUGAUGGCAUAAAACAUGUCAUUCAUAUUUGCAACCGUUUUAUUGCACUUGUUGACACUUAUGCUGUCCAGGCUAUGAGGUCAAGUGCUAAUCAAAGGAUCCGUAGGAUCACUACUAGUGUGUCCAACUCAGCAGUCCUGGAUAGCAUUAGCCCCAAUUUUCCUCAGUGGGCUCUUAGAGAUGGGCUAUAA